AUGACAAUCACAUCCAUCACCCGCCUCGCGACAGAGCGUCGCUUUCCUACGCCGCCCCCAGAUGCACAACCGCAGUCGAGCCCACGAGUCUAUGCCGCUCCGGACUUUCCUUUCAAAGGAUGGCAGCCUCCAAAGCCAGAUGGCUAUCAACAGAGCGCGGCCACUCCUUCGGAAAGCGCAAUAGUCAUAGACAAUGGAGCCAGCACCAUUAAGGCUGGUUUCUCUUUCGACAAGAGCCCUCGAUUCCUCGUACCCCCGAUCAUGGCAAAAUUCAAAGAUCGAAAGUUCAACAAGUACUGCGCCUUUGUCGGUUACGAUGCCUACGCCGAUGCCACGACUCGUGGCCAAAUCAGGACGGCGUUCGAGCAAAAUACCAGCAUUCCGACAAACUGGGAUAUCUUAGAAGGGGUCUACGACUACAUCUUCCUCAAAUUGGGGGUGGACGGGGAAGGCUCUGUGGGUAGACCGCUGGUCGUCACGGAGCCUGUCGCAAAUCUGGGCCACAGCAGAAGAAUGAUGAAUGAAAUGUUGUUCGAAUGCUACAAUGCCCCCAGUGUCACCUACGGAAUCGACAGCCUCUUUUCCUAUCGCCAGAACAAGGGUCAAUCCGGGCUUAUCGUGUCUUCAUCUCAUACGUCGACCCACAUCAUUCCAGUGUUGAAUCAGAAGCCUCAGAUGCAAAUGUGCACGAGGCUGAAUUGGGGCGGCUCCCAGGCUCAGGAGUACCUCCUGAAGCUCAUCCGAUUGAAGUACCCGACAUUUCCUGGGAAGUUGACUCUGGAGCAGAUGGAGUCGUACAUCAAGCAAUAUUGCUACCUCUCCACCGACUACCUCACCGAACUGUCCACCUAUCUAGAUUGGACUGGCCUGGAAGAAAAGCGAGAUAUUGUAAUCCAGUAUCCUUUCACGGAACAGGUUGUUGUCGAGAAAUCCGCCGAGGAGCUCGCCAGAAUAGCCGAACGCAAAAAGGAAUCUGGUCGGCGGCUCCAGGAACAAGCCGCAAAAAUGCGGCUGGAGAAACUCAUCAAAAAGGAGCAACAGUUGGAGUACUAUCAGAAACUGCACAACUCCUAUGUGAAUGCCUCUACCAAAAAGGAGCAGCGUCGAAUACUCGAUGAUGAAGAGCUCAAAGAUGAAGCCGCACUAGAGAGGAUCAUUCGGGAUCUGGAUAAAUCAAUCAAGAAAUCCAGAAACAAAGAGCUGGGAGCUCCGGAAGAAGAGGAAAACCUCGAAGAGCAGCUAAACAGAUUUCCUCUUCUUGAUGUCCCGGAUGAUCAGCUGGAUGAGGACAGUAUCAAGGAGAAGCGGCAUCAGAGGCUGAUGAAGUCAGGCGUGGAGGCAAGAAUAAGGGCCAAAGCGGAAAAGGAACGUGAGCGGGCGCGCGUGGCAGACGAAGAACGCAAGGACCGCGAGUUGCGUGAAAAUCACUUCGACGACUGGCUUGCGGGUCGUCGGCAACAACGCCAUGCAUUACUGGCCAAAAUCAAAGAGCAGGCGAGGCAGAAGGCGGACUCAAGCAAUCGCAAGGGCAUCGCUUCGCAAAUGCGGAUGAAGACGUUGGCAAACCUCGCUUCAGAUGGACCAAAGCGAAAGCGCAGGGGCGGAGGUGAUUACGACGAUGACUUCGGAGCCAACGACGACGACUGGGGCGUUUACCGUACUGUGGCCACCGAACCUGCCAGCGAUGACGAGGAGCCUGAGGAAGAUCCGCUCACCGCCUUGAAAGCGCUCGAGAGCGAACUUCUACAAUUUGACCCAGAAUUCUCGGAAAAGGACACGAUUGAAGCGCAGAACGACUGGACCAAGAGUGUUUUGCACGCUUUCUUGCGAGGAGCGAGACCAGCGGAUCCGGAAAGCCAACGAGAGGCAAACCAGAUUCAUCUCAACGUCGAACGUAUCAGAGUCCCUGAGGUGGUGUUCCAGCCGGCGAUUGCUGGAGUUGACCAAGCCGGUCUUGUUGAAAUCAUUGAAGGUGUCAUCAUGAGUCGGUUCUCGAACUUUGAUCAGCAACAGGCGCUCCUGAAGGAUGUCUUUCUGACGGGCGGAAACACCAUGUUUCCCACAUUCGAGGAACGCCUCAGGAAAGAACUGAUUGCGGCACUCCCAUGUGAUUUUACAAUCAAUGUCCGCAAGGCGGAGGACCCGAUCCUCGACGCCUGGAAAGGGGCAGCUUCUUGGUGGAGUAGUUCUGAUGGAAUCGACCGUGAGUCGGCCACCGUCACACAUGCUGAGUAUAUGGAGAAGGGAAGUGAUUACAUCAAGGUAACCCAAGCCUCUGGCCUACCCAAUUUCACUUUCAACAGCUUACACGUUGCAGGAGCAUGA